AUGGCAGAACUACAGCAAGCAAUCCUUUUGAUGACGGAACUCCUGCAGAAGCUGGCACAGCCGAACAAUACGGAGCAAACUCUCGAAUCCUUGGCAACCAACAUCAGUGAAUUUUCGUUCGACCCGGAAAAUGGAAUCACUUUCGAAAAGUGGUACAGCCGGUAUACGGAUCUUUUCGAAUCGGAUGCCAAGAAUUUAGACGAUUCCGCCAAGGUACGCCUGCUGUUGAGGAAGUUGGACACACCAUCCCACGUCAGGUACGUCAACUUCAUCUUGCCGAAGCUUCCCAAAGACGUCGAUUUUGCUGGCACCGUCAAGAUACUAUCGCAAAUGUUCGGCACACACACCUCCAUUUUUAACAAGCGGUACCAGUGCCUCCAGCUAGUAAAAUCUGAAGCAGAGGACAUCAUUAGCUACGCAGGGAAGGUGAAUCGUUCAUGCGAAGAUUUCGACUUCAAAAAUAUGAACAUCGAUCAGUUCAAGUGCUUGGUGUUUGUGAGUGGCCUUAAGGGUCAUGCCUACGCCGACACGCGACCAAGGCUUCUUUCCCGGAUUGAAUGUGAAACAGCAGAAGCUCCCGUGAAUCUUCAGACCUUGAUUAACGAAUAUCAACGACUCGUUAAUCUCAAGGAGGACACAUCGAUGAUUGAGCGCCAGUCAAGCUCGAAACAAGCGGUUCACGUUGUCCAGGAGAAGGGAAGUUUUCAUCAUCCACACACUUCAAAACCGGAAGGUAAGCUGCCUCGCACCCCUUGUUGGCAAUGCGGACAAAUGCAUUUUGUCCGGAACUGUCCGUUUUCGGAGCACCAGUGCAAACAGUGCAACCGAAUUGGCCACAAGGAAGGCUAUUGCGGCUGUUAUUCCAAACGGCAGACAGUUCCAGGCGGAGGGGAAAAGAAAACAUCGAAUCAGUCACCAUCGAAUCAGCCAUCAAAUCAGCAAACGAAUCAGCCAGCAAAUAGACAAAACAACCCUCGGAAAGUCAAUGCUAGAGGAGUAUACAUCGUGAACCACAUCGCUAACCAUUCCAGCAACCGAAAGUACGUGCCUACUUUGAUCAACGGCGUGGCUACCAGGCUCCAACUGGACACAGCAAGCGAUAUCACGGUGAUAUCAAAGCAAACCUGGAACAACUUGGGUAACCCUUCAAUCAUCAAACCGACGAUCCAAGCAAUCAACGCGUCGGGCAAACCACUUCAUCUGAUGGGUGAGUUCCAGUGCGACGUCAGCAUCAACGGAAAAACUGCUAGAGGCAGAUGUUUCGUCACGACGACUGCCAACCUCAACCUUCUCGGCAUCGACUGGAUUGACCUGUUCAAGCUGUGGUCAGUUCCUCUCGACUCUGUUUGCAAUCAAGUAACGACGAAGUCGAUCGAUCAGCAGAUUAGUGAAUUUCGAGCAAAGCAUGCAAAUGUUUUCAAUGAUUCACUGGGACACUGCAGGAAAUUGAAGCGCCCAGUUCCUUUCAACACCAUUCCAUUGGUCGAUGCUGAACUCACACGGUUACAAUCAUUGGGCAUCCUCGAACCUGUCGAUUUCUCCGAAUGGGCUGCUCCCAUCGUGGCAGUGCGCAAACCUAACGGUCGAGUGCGCAUAUGUGCAGACUACUCGACGGGGCUAAACGAGGCGUUGGAACCAAAUCACUAUCCGCUUCCGACGCCAGAGGAAAUUUUCGCCCAACUCAACGGCAGCACCGUUUUCAGCAUCGUCGAUCUUUCUGAUGCGUAUCUGCAGCUUGAGGUGGAUGACGACUCCAAGAAGCUGCUCACAAUCAACACGCAUCGAGGAUUGUUCCGGUUCAAUCGCCUGGCUCCCGGAGUGAAAUCUGCGCCGGGCGUAUUCCAACGUGUGGUGGAUGGAAUGAUAGCAGACAUACCUGGUGUCCGCUCUUUCAUCGAUGAUGUCAUCGUGUUUGGAAAGGACAUCAGCUCACACGCAACGUCACUCAACCUACUCUUCCAGCGGCUCAAAGAGUAUGGUUUUCACGUGAAGGCUGAGAAGUGUCAUUUCUUUCAAUCACAACUCGGCUAUUUGGGGCACAUUGUGGACAAACAAGGCAUUCGUCCAGACCCCGAGAAAGUGAAGGCUAUCGCUGCACUCCCACCGCCAACUAACGUUCCCGAGCUUCGAUCGUACCUGGGUGCGGUCAACUUCUACGGUAGGUUCGUGCGCAACAUUCACGAAUUGCGGCAUCCAAUGGACCAGCUGUUGAAGAAGGACGUGAAAUGGCAGUGGACAUCGGCAUGCCAACAGGCUUUCGACCAGUUCAAAAGGACGCUUCAAUCAAACCUGCUGCUAAUGCAUUACGACCCUAAGCUUCCAAUCAUCGUGGCUGCGGAUGCAUCAAGCACAGGCAUCGGGGCAGUCAUCUUUCACCAGUUCCCUGAUGGCAGCAUGAAGGCAGUACAACACGCUUCGAGGACGCUCGCACCUGCGGAGCGUAAUUAUGGACAACCAGAGAAGGAAGCGCUUGCGUUGGUCUAUGCAGUGACCAAAUUCCACAAGUAUUUGUUGGGACGCCAUUUCACACUGCUGACUGACCACAAGCCACUACUUUCCAUCUUCGGUUCUAAGAAGGGGAUUCCCCUACACACUGCGAACCGACUACAACGGUGGGCUCUCACGAUGCUGAAUUACGACUUCGAGAUUCAGCAUGUAUCCACCAACGAAUUCGGAUGUGCAGAUCUGUUGUCCCGACUGAUCGACCAGACCAUCCAACCCGAAGAAGAAUAUGUUAUCGCUGCGCUGAGCCUUGAGGAAGAUUUGUUUUAUUCUACUUCAAGUAUCAGUUUUUAUUCUUGUGCUAAUUGCUAUUUUUGUUUUGUGUUCCUAUUCUUGUUCUUGUUCUUGUUCCUGUUCUUGUUCCUGUUCUUGUUCCUGUUCUUGUUCCUGUUCUUGUUCCUGUUCUUGUUCCUGUUCUUGUUCCUGUUCUUGUUCCUGUUCUUGUUCCUGUUCUUGUUCCUGUUCUUGUUCCUGUUCUUAUUCCUGUUCUUGUUCCUGUUCUUGUUCCUGUUCUUGUUCCUGUUCUUGUUCCUGUUCUUGUUCCUGUUCUUGUUCCUGUUCUUGUUCCUGUUCUUGUUCCUGUUCUUGUUCCUGUUCUUGUUCCUGUUCUUGUUCCUGUUCUUGUUCCUGUUCUUGUUCCUGUUCUUGUUCCUGUUCUUGUUCCUGUUCUUGUUCCUGUUCUUGUUCCUGUUCUUGUUCCUGUUCUUGUUCCUGUUCUUGUUCCUGUUCUUGUUCCUGUUCUUGUUCCUGUUCUUGUUCCUGUUCUUGUUCCUGUUCUUGUUCCUGUUCUUGUUCCUGUUCUUGUUCCUGUUCUUGUUCCUGUUCUUGUUCCUGUUCUUGUUCCUGUUCUUGUUCCUGUUCUUGCACUGA